AUGGUCAGCGCCAAGCUACCUGUCGACCUCUCCAAGUUCAAGAAGCUAUCCUUCGACCCUCGGAAUUCUCGGCUCAGUCCUCAACAGAAGCAGGAUCUCCAGCAUAACAUUGACAUCUUUCGCGAUGCCAUUGUUGCUUUCACUGCCACCGGUGCGGCCCGCGGUAUAGCCGGUCAUACGGGAGGUCCCUUUGACACUGCUCCCGAAGUAUGCAUCCUGAUUGGUAUGAUCAAUGGCAACCCCGAUAGAUUCGUCGACGCUCUCUUCGAUGAAGCAGGCCACCGGGUGGCAACUCAAUACCUUCUCGCAGCCAUCGAUGGGAAGAUUAAUCCUGAUCAGCUGCUGAACUACCGCGAUGCAAACUCCAAGCUCCCCGGACACCCGGAGCUGGGCCUGACCCCCGGUGUUAAGUUCAGCUCGGGUCGUCUUGGCCAUAUGUGGGGUAUGGUGAACGGCGUCGCUAUGAAGAACAAAGACAAGGCCGUCCUGCUCCUUGGCUCCGAUGGUUCUCAACAGGAGGGAAACGAUGCCGAGGCUGCCCGCAUUGCGGUGGCUCGGAACCUGAACGUGAAGGUGUUUGUCGACAACAACGAUGUCACGAUCGCCGGCAAGCCAUCCGAAUAUCUCAAGGGUUAUGAAGUCGGUCGGACCCUUGCGGGACACGGCUUGUACGUGGUCCGCGCCGACGGAGAGGACCUUGAUUCGCUCUACCCUAAAGUUUGUGAAGUUUUGACUCACCAGGGCCCUGCUGCUCUUAUCGUUGACCGUAAGAUGGCUCCGCACAUUCAAGGUCUCGAGGGCACAGUCAAGGCGCAUGAUGUGGUCCCUGUCGACAUUGCCCGCAAAUACCUGACUGGCAGAGGCUAUACGCCGGAGCAGCUGGCAUUUUACGAUGAUAUUAAACCAAGAAGCAACCCUUGGAAGUAUAGAGGAUCUUCCAAGGACAAGGGAUCUAACCGUGUGAUUUUUGGCGAGGCAGUCAACACGGUUCUUGACGGUCUGAGCAAGGACGAAGCUGCCCGCCGAGUCAUGGUAAUCGACUCUGAUCUGGAGGGUUCCACGGGUCUGAAGGCCAUACAUCAGGAGCAUCCCGAAGUGUUUGUCCCUUCUGGUGUUAUGGAACGUGGUAACUUCUCGGCCGCGGCCGGCUUCGGCUUUGGCAGCGAUGGGUCGGUCCAAGGCGUCUUCUCAACAUUCUCAGCCUUCCUUGAGAUGAUCAUUUCCGAGGUUACCAUGGCUCGCUUGAACGACUGCUCCGUUCUAUCACACUUUUCCCACAGUGGAGUGGAUGAGAUUGCCGACAACACUUGCCAUUUCGGCCUGAACCACUUCUUCGCCGAUAAUGGACUCAUGGACGCCGCGAGCACGGCAUUGUAUUUCCCGGCCGACGGCGAGCAGAUGAAGGCGGUCGUGCGGAAAGUCUUCUUCCAGAAAGGGCUGAGAUUCAUCUUUUCGACUCGUUCGAAGCUGCCUUGUAUUUACAAAGAAGGUACCGAGGAUCUGUUGUACGGCGACGGUUAUGAAUUUGUUCCUGGCAAGGACGAAUUCAUCCGUAAGGGGUCUGCUGGAUACGUCAUCUCCUACGGGGACAUGCUCUACCGGUCCCUGGACGCCGUCGAGCGGCUCCGCGAGGAAGGUCUAGAUGUUGGUCUCGUCAACAAGCCCACUCUCAACGUGGUGGAUGAGGAUUCGAUCAAGAUCUACGGAUCGACCGGCUUUGUGGUUGUGGUUGAAUCCAUCGCCCAAAAGACUGGUCUUGGCUCUCGUACGGGCACGCAUUUGCUGGAACGCAAGCUUACUCCAAAGUAUAAGACUAUGGGCGCGAGGAAUGAGGGCAGUGGCGGCUUGUACGAGCAGGUCAACGGGCAGGGUCUGGGUCCGGAAGAUAUCAUGGCCGCUGUUCGAGAGGUUGCUGGGAGUUCAUAA